AUGAAUACAUAACAACAAACUUUAUGCAUGUUGUUUUUAAUAAUUACUUGCAUAUCAGCUCAUAAACCUUGUGGUUAAUAUUUAAAUGAUGAGGUUGGAUGUGUUUCAUCCACUUAUGAAAAAUGUAAAAAAUUGAUAUCAAUAAAGGUUCUUGGAAUGACUUUUUGAGUGCUUGUUAACCAACUGAAUCAGAUAAUAUUGGAUGUUCUUCUACAUUGAAUAGAUUGGCCUGUAUUAACUAAUUGUAAUAUCCUAAUUAAGAUUGGGCAUAUUGUAAGUGUUAUCAUAACAGUAAUAGGUCGAUUUUCUGGAUAUUGUCGUGAAAUCAUAAGUUCAACAUCUUGUUCUUCUACUCUUUCAAAGCCAGCAUGUUUGGCAGUUGUGGGAAAAUCAUGUUAAUGGUAAGGUUUUUGUUUAGAUAUGACACCUUAACAAUUUUCUGAGUCACUAACAAAAGCAUAAAAUGAUCCUGCUUUAAUGAAUUAAGUAAAUAUAUCAAUCUGUUAAUCUAUCACAGUACUAUCGGUUGUUCAUUAAUCUAGUGCUUUUCCAUAUAUAAUUUAACUUAUAGAUAAAUAUGGAUCAGAUACAACAAUGCUUUAUAAAUAUAAAGGCAUGUUAAGUAUUCCAGGCUGUCUUGAGAUAGAUUCUAAUCUACUCAAUAUGUUAAAUUGUUCUGCAGCUGGAUUGAAUUCUGUUGCUUGUAAAAAUAUAACUACACCAGGUGCUAAAUGUAAAUUUUUAAAUGGGUAAUGUAUUAAUGUAUCUGAUUUUUCUAAUCUGAUGUGCCAAGAUAUCAUUAAUAAAGAAACUUGUCUGAGUAUUACUAAUAUCAAGUAACCAUGUUUUUGGAGUAAUGGGUGCUAAUUAUACACUGGAAAGGCUGAUUGUAAUACUAAAAUUCAACCUGUCUCUCCUUCAUUUUGUGCAGCUAUUAAUUAUGUAGACAAAUCUGGAAAUAAUUAAGAAUGUUUCUAUUAUAAAAAAAAAUAAAAAUGUAGUGAAUUAUGUCGAUCAAAAACACUUUAAUCAAUAACAAGUUAAAAAAGUUGCAAUUCUUCAAGUUAUAAUUGUGUCUAUUAAAAUAAUCAAUGCAUUUUUAAAGGUGUUAAAACAUAAUGUGGAUUACUAGGAUAAAACUAAUUUUCUUGUAUGAACGUUAAAGAGAAUUGUUAGUUUGUAAAUGGAAUUUGUAAAUAAAUAGCUGAUUUAUCAAUAGUGAAAUGUGGGGAUAAUUUAAAUCAAUAAGCUUGUUAAAAUAUUGUAACAAUUAGUUAGGUUUGCAGAUUUGAUUAAGAUUAAAAGAACUGUUUAGUAUUGAAAUUAGGUUUUUAUGAAAGCUGUGAAAGUUUAAAGUUUGUGAAUGAAAAUGCAUGUAGAAGAAUAACUGAUUCAGCUUGUUAUUGGUUGAAUGGAAAUUGUUCAGUGCCUGAAGCUAAAGUGAGUUGUACAAUAAGAGGAUUGAAUAGAAUAGGUUGUUUAUAAAGUAAAAUGGGAUCAUGUUAGUGGAGUAAAGAUGCAGGAGUGUGUUAAAAUGUUACUGUUAUCGAAAAUUAAACAUCUUGUGAAUCAUUGAAAUUAGUCAAUGAAUAUGCUUGCAGAAUGGUUUAAUAUAAGAGUAAUGGAAUAGAAGAACAUUGUAAAUAUAAUUCUAUAAAUUAUUCAUGUGAGAAAUUUGAAAAAGAACUUGCCCCUUAAGCUUCUUAUUAAAUAAAUUGCGUCACAGAAGGAUUAAAUAGAAGAGGAUGUUUAGAUGUUGCAGAUCCAACAACAGCAUGUCGAUGGACAAGUUAAGGAUGUACAAAACUCUCUUCUGUUGCUGCAGCUUGUUCAGGACUUGUGAAUGUAACAGCUAAAGCUUGUGCUUUAAUUAUUGGAGAAGCAUGUACAUAUGAUAAAGUUUAAACAAAAUGCACUACAAGUAUAGUAAAGAUAGUUGAUAACUGUGAGACUAAUGUUUUAAAUGGAAAUGCAUGUGCAUUUGUAGAACCAAAGAAAGAAUUACCAACAGAUAACUAAAAUUGUUAUUUUGAUUCAACCAAUUUAUAAUGUAGUUCAGCUGAUUCUUCUAAAUUGAAUACAUUAUAUUGCAGUAAGUCUUUUCCAAAUAAAUUUGCUUGUCAAGCUAUUACUACCCCAGGAUAAAGAUGUUAAUGGAAUACUUUAAAAAGAUUAUGUGAAGAUGUUAAAAUGCCAACAUAUGAUUCAUGUGAAGAUUUAUCAGAAGUUAAUGAGAAUACUUGUGUUGGAUAUGAAAAUGAUGUUGAAUAUUAAAUAGAUGAGGAUUCAUUUUGCACCAAACCAGGAAUUACAGAUCCGAAAAAUAAAUGUGUUAAAUAUAUAUAUCAAAAUGGAGAUGAAAGCAAUUGUUUUUAAGGUAAGUUUCCUAAUCUACAUACUUGUGUUGCCAAAACUUAAGGAUAAAAUUGCUACUUUAAUACUACAACGUUUUAAUGCUUGAAUUUGGAAGAUUCAAAUAAAGCUAAAAUUCUAGAUUAAAUCAUUUGCAAAUAAGCUAAUUUUGACUUAUGUGUAUUAGUUACAACAAAUGAUUAAAAUUGUUUUUGGGAAGCAAAAGAAAAUAAAUGUCACAAUCCAAAUAAAUGUAUUGAAGUUUCAGAAGCAGAAGCUUGUAAAAAUAUAGGAUAACCUUGUGUUUUCAUUAAAAAUAAAUGUAUUUUAAUAAAAAGUGAAAAUGCUAAAGACUAUAAAUGUGAAGAUGCAAAUAAUAAUGAGAAAGCGUGCUAUAAAGUAGCUGGAGAAUCUUGUUAAUUUGUUGAUAAUUAGUGCACUCCAUUAACUUAAGAUACUGCAAAUGACACUUGUGUUACAUAUACAUAAAAUAUAAAUGCAGUUGCUUGUGCUAAAAUAACAACAAAUGAAGAGUAAUGUAAAUAUAAUAAAUAAACUAAAAAAUGUAUUAAAGAAGUAUCAGCGUAUGCAGAAUGUAAUUUAGGAUAAAAUUAACAGAAUUGUUUAUAAGAGAAUAGUUGUUAUUUCACUUCUUUUGAGAUAGAAUACGAGAAACCUAUUCAUUUAUGCUAAAAGAUUGAUAGUCCUUGUUAAAAUGCCACAACUAGUGAUGAUUGUAUGAAAGUUGAAAGUUGGUGUAUUUGGGAUAAAAUUAAAAGUUAAUGUUUAAUUGCUCCAGAUUAAUAUUGUUUUGAAUAUAAUAAUACAAAUUAUGAAUAUAGUACAUAUACUUGUGGAAGUGUAUAUGCCACCUUUGAUUAUCAAAUUUGUGCAUAAAAUGAAACAACAAAAUUAUGCGAAGAAAUAGUUGCUGCAAGCUGUAAAUCAACUACAGAUGAAAUUGAUUGUAGAAAUGUAAAAGCUGAUUGUAAGUAUGAAAAAAAAAAAUGUGUUUAGAAUCUAAUUAAACCAAAGGUAUGUGUGGAUAAUUUCACUCAAUAUGCUUGCUUAACUGGUUAACUUUUAUGUUAAUGGAAUUUUGAGGAAAACAAAUGUAGAGAUUAUGACUAUGAGACUGAUAUUAAAUGUGUUUCAGAUGACCAUCCAGAAUCAGAAGUUGAAGCUAUAAUUUCAAUUGAACUUUGUUAUUGGAAUGGUUGUUAUUUGAAUAAAGAAACAUUAAAAUGUUCUAAAGAUACAAGUACACCUACAGAAUGUAAUAAUGCAGUUUCACCUGAUGGAUGUAGACAACUUCCAGAUGAAAAAUAUUGUUAUUGGGAUGUUGAUUCUGUAUGUAAAUAAUUAACUGAUCUGUCAAAAGCAAAGGAUCUUACACUCAAAUAGGUUGCAAACUCUAGAAGAACAUUAUGUUUAUCACCUUAAAAUGAGGGAGAGUUGACUUAAUGGUAGAUUAAUUUUUGUUCUUCAGUUGAUUCAAAUUUAGUUUAGUGUGAUUCGGAUAUUAACAUAAGAGCUUGUGAAGCUGUAUUGUAUGAUAAUCCAAUUUAAUUGUGUAUUUAUAAGGAUAAUAAAUGCUAAUAUGCAGAUCCUAAAAUAACUCUUUGCACAGAUACCAUAAAUGUAUACACUUGUGUUGCUAUUACAACUUCUGGAUAAUUUUGUGUUUGGUUAGGAUAGAAAUGUACUUCAUUACAAGAUGAUGGAUUUCCUCUUGGUAAAUAUGCAAAUGUUAAUGCAAAUACAUGUACUAAGACAUAUACAAUUAAUGGACAACCAAAUUCUUAAAUUAGUAAUCCUAUAGGAGUUAAAUUUGGAAUAGAUGGUUGUAUUCAGUCUGAUCCAUUAGUUGAUACAUGUGACACUCAAGGAUUGAAUUAUUAUGGAUGUUUACAAACUAAAGCUGGUGCAUGUACUUGGAAUGGAUCUAAAUGUGUUUAAUUUACUUUAUAUAGUAAUAAAACUAAGUGCGAAGAUUUUCAAAAGGUUUCAGCUGGUGUUUGUGAAUUAGUACCAUCUUUAAAAUGUUCUUGGAGUGAUAAUAAUUGUAUUGAUGCUACAAACAAUUAAUUAUGCACUGAUAAUUUGAGUUAAUAAGCUUGUGUUUCUUAAAUUCUUAACUCUUGCUAAUGGCUAAAUAAUAAAUGCAUAUCUUAAGAUAUCAUAGCAGGUGUAACUUCUUGUGGAUAUUCAAACUCUUUUUCAACGGCUGAAUAUUCUUCAAUUCUAAGUUGUUAAUUAAUUUCAUUUGAAGGAUAACCUUGCAGACAUACAGGAAAAGGGUGCACCACAUAAAUAGAUCUCUUAAUUUCUAAAUGUAAUAGUCCAGGUCUAAAUAGUAUAGCUUGCACAAUGAUCAUCUUAGAAAAAUGCAUAUUUUUGAAUGGUUAAUGCUAAGUUUAUGAACCUACAUCAUCUUAAUGUAGAUAAUUAGUUAAUGUUUCACCUUAAAUUUGUGCAGAUAUAUCUGAAUCUACUUAACUCUGUAAGUUUAGUAAAUUAAAUAACAGAUGUGUAUCUGUUUAUAACUAUGAUUUAUGUUCUAGUUCAGGAAUCAAUGAAUUUGGAUGUAAUUCUAUUGGUAUAUGCAAAUGGCAUAAGGAUGAAAAAUAUUGUACAUGCUCAUCCAUCUUAUAAGGUGUUAAGUUUUGUGCAGAUUAUGAUUAUUCAAAUUGUAAAGGACAAUCGUAAUUAUGUUUGUGGGAGGAAACAUCUUAAAAAUGUAGAGCUAAACUUUGUUCUGAUCUAUUAGCUUCAUCAUGUACUAAUGUUACUAUGAAUAACUAAAACUGUUAUGCGACUAACAAAAAUACUUGUCGUGGAGCCAAAUCUUGUGAUGAAGUCAGAAAUGUAGAUGAUUGCACAAAUUUUUCAAUAAAUGGACAAUAAUGCUAACCACAUGCUAAUGAUGUUUGCAGAACAAAACAAUGUAUUGACAAUUUUACAGAUGCUUCAUGUAAUGGAUCUUGUUAUUGGACUGGCACUUAUUGUGCACAAAGAUUGUGUUAAACAUUUACUAAAAAGGAAUAAUGUUCUGGAACUUAUGAAGAUGGAACUUGUUUCUGGUUUAAUGGAUUAUGCAUUGGCUUAGAUUCAUGUUAUUAAUUAGAAAUCUAUUAUGAAACAACAGAAAAUUUAAAAAAAGGUUGCGAUGCCGCUGA